UUGCCCUCACCGUUCGCGUUAGUUUCCCCGCAGCCGUCAGAGAGUGUGGAGGUAUAUGCCACCCGCUCCUUCCCCUCACUGGCCCACAUUACUCAAGCUUCUGUAUCACCCUGGGAGCCUCCUUGGAUAACCUAAGUGUUGUGUACUGUCACCUUAGUCGUCUGGGUUUACGAUGGAUAUGAACUUGAUAACUUUUAGUGGUGUUACUUGACAGUUUUAUAACGCGUCAACGAGAAGCACAAAACUCUGUGAAGCAGCAAGUUGAGAGCUUCACACUCCCCGCAGUGGAAUGAUGAAACACACUAAUAAGAUCGAGUGGAAAAGUUACGUUAUAGAGAUGCUGUUGUUAGCCCUGGUGCUGUGGUCGUGUGUGGGCGCGGCGUGGGCGUGCCCUGAGGUGUGCCGCUGUAGCCUGGACGGGCGGGGGCGACGGUCAGUUCGGUGCGAGGCAGGAGGGCUGACGGACCCCAUCCCCGUGAAGGACAUGGCCGUCGACACGGAGGUUCUCUUCAUCACAGCGCCGCCCAACCACCCCAACACCCUCACCCUCGGUCCAAUCUUCAAAGAACUGCGACGUUUGGAAGAAAUCCACAUCACCUGGGCCAACAUCCCAGCCCUCGGUGCUCACUCCAUCUGGGGAAUGCAGCGGCUUAAAGUUCUGAACCUCACACAUAACCACAUCUCGGCCCUCAUGGACACCAACUUUCGUGGUGCUGACACCCUGCAGCGGCUGGACCUCAGUCACAAUCUUAUCGAGUCGGUGCCAUCCGCUGUGUUUCGUUACGUGAGUCGUCUACAGUCACUGACCUUGUCUCACAACAUGGUGCCAGAACUGGUGCCUAGGAUCUUCUUCGGCCUCACUCGACUAGAGGAACUUGACCUGAGCUAUAAUCCACUGGGUGACCUACAUCCCGAGCAGUUCUCAGACGUUCCUGAGUUGAAACAACUGGUGUGUGCCGGGUGUGGUCUGUCAUCACUCAGCGGCUCCCUCCUUCAGGCCUUACCUAACCUACACACCUUCGACCUGCACAACAACCGCCUCACGCAAGUGCCAUCUGGUGUGGCCACCAUCUACCUACCGAAACUCAUCAAGCUUAACCUGAAUGCUAACCUGAUAUCCUUUGUUGAGCGAGGGGUGAUCGACGGCUCGUCGCUCAGUUAUUUGCAUCUCGCACACAACCAGAUCAACCGUGUAGAGUCUGGAGCCUUUAUUAACAGUUCCCUCGAGUACCUGGACCUGUCAUACAACCGUCUGGUGAACCUCGACAACGACGCCAUCAAGGAAGCUUUGGACGAGUUACACGAACUUGAUCUCUCUGGAAAUUCUUUACAUAUAGAACAGCUCAUGUUUGUUCUCCCAGCAGCUCAGGAGUUACAGCGACUCGGCCUCGGGGACAUGGGUCUCAUGCGUCUGCCACCUGGCCUGCUGCAAAACUUGAGUCAUUUGCACCACCUGAACGUUUCCUCCAACUACCUGUCCGCAUUCCCUACCGAGGCACUGCUGAAUGCUCCACAACUACGUACCCUAGAUCUCUCCCGUAACAGCUUCAGAAAAAUGGACGACAAGAUGGUGUCAGCAAUAAGUGCCUCAAAACAUCUGCGCAAACUUCGACUGGAAGGUAACCCCUGGCAGUGUGACCUGUGCCACGUGGGGCCGCUGCUCCGUUGGCUACAUGACGCCCCCGACCAGGAGUCUGGUUGUGAUGAGCCUCGGGUGUGGACGUGUCUGAGGUGUGUGGGUCCCAUCGGUCUGGAGGGUCUAGAACUGGCUCUACUGCCUCUUGGGGACUUGCCUCUAUGUCCUCAAGAGCUGCCAGCAGCCGCACCCUCCUGGGACACACCAGUCCUCAAUGAAGGUACCAUCGAGCCCAUGUUACCUCGAAGUCAACUGACCAUUCAGGAGGACCACGGGACGGGCUGGUCCAUGGGGCGACUACUGAGAGAAAAGCUGCACAUGGUGAUUGUGAUUGGCUGUUGUAUUGUCCUACUGUGUCUCAUUCUGGUGAUCCUGGGAGUCGUCGCUUACAGCCGCCACUCUGCCUUCUACUACACCUGUGAAGGACAGUCACUCGAGGCGAAAAAAAUGAAGGCAAAGGAGAUGAAAAAUAACAACAAGCCUAACGGGCAAAGUUCGAGCCGUCCAGACGUGACUAUCGCCACCAUCGACGAACUGACAGACAUCGCCGGCUCACAAGAGUUACUCGAGCCCAAAAUUGACCACACACAAUACUUUGGUUAGGUAAUAGACGCUGAGGGGGGAGUGAUAUUCUACUCAUGUGUACAAACUUGAAAACCAUAAUAAAUGGACUGGAAUGUUUCUCAACCGCCUCGGGGACUGUCGGGAGCUUCAAUGAAAGGUUGUGGCCGAAAAGUUACGGCAUUUCGCAUUCUUCGGAUAUUGCUGAAGUUUUAUUUCGUAAAACUGAGACAAGAAACAAAAUAAGCAACUGUUAGCAACUGGGUGGAUAUCCGUGUGUGUGUGUGUGUGUGUGUGAUUUGGAACUUGCAAAAACAAAAGUGAGAUAUUACUUUCAAUACAUCCGCCCAAUACCCGACUGGGAGAGAACUGGAGCGGGGCGGUGUGUGUGUGUGUGUGUGUGUGUGUGUGUGUGUGUGUGUGUGUGUGUGUGUGAGACAUAACUUUUGAAACUUUUAGAAGGGAAUUCUGGGCUGGAGGGGGAAUUUCCUUCUCGUACAAAAUAGUCCUUUUGAGCCAUUGCCGAGAAAUAAAGACGUGUUUGCUGUUCUGUGUAUGUAUGUGUGUGUGUGUGUGUGUGUGUGUGUGUGUGUGUGUGUGGUAACUUUCAUUUACUUGUUGUAAUCACUGAUGAAGAUCCUGUAGAGUCAUUAUUCAAAGUACCAUGGAAAUAACAUAAAUAAAUAUCUAUGGGUUAAAAAUGUCCAAUUACUUACUACCAUAAAAAUGUCUAACCAGGCGUAAUUGACUAAAAAGGAUUCUGUAUGGUCCCAGAAUAAGUACUGACACAUGUGACUUCAUUCCUCAGUGUAUUUGUUUAUACUGAGAGUUAUAGCAGGUGUAUGAAUCCUCUCUCGACAUUACGUGGGAAGUUAAACCGUAGGUAGAAAAUUGUAAGACCUCGGUGACAAAAAUUACUCGAUAUUCAAGGCUAAUGAGUUGAGUGUUUUUGAGAGAGAGAGAGAGAGAGAGAGAGAGAGAGAGAGAGAAAGAGAUAACUUCAUUUCAAAGGACUAUGUGUAAUUUUCCUCAUAUUUUACUAGACGGAUAAAUAAUAAAUGAUAACAAAACAAAAAUAAAGUAUGGAGAGGAAAUUAUUUCAUUAACACCCAAUACUGACAAAAAGAUUAUCUCGUUUUUCAUCUUUUUCUGUUGUUGCUGUUGUUGUCAUUUCCUUCUCAAAAAAAAAAAUCAGUCAUCACAGAGAUUUCAUUUCCUUGGCCUUUAUUAAUCCCGCCCUCCACCUGCACACACACACACACACACACACACACACACACACACACACACACUUCUAGGAAUAAAUAUCGACAGAGAGAGAGAGAGAGAGAGAGAGAGAGAGGUGGUCUUGGAGGAAGGUCGGAGCAACGAACAUAACUGAGGCUUUUCAAUAACAACCAGAGCCCGGAUAUGAGGUUAUGUGAGAAGCAAGUAACUCUAAUUUGGCGAUAAUAAAUGGGUCAGGUGGAAGACAUAAAAGGUAGAAUAGGUAGGUAGAUAGAUAGGUAGAUGAAGGUAGAUAUUCAGGUGGACUAGUAGAUAAUUAAUUGAAUAGAUGGCGUAGGAACUUGAGAUGGGUGAGUGGUAGAUAGCCAAGUAGUAGAUUAGAGGAAUUUAUAAGUAGAUGGAUAAAUACAGUACACAGAUAAGAGGGAAAAAGUUUGGUUAGUAGAUGAGUUGAAAAGUAGUUAAAAUAAAACGGGAAAAGUUGAUAAAUAAAGUAGAUGUUCAAGUAGAUACAUAAGUGUGUAAAUAAGUAACUGACAUGUGAGUAGAUAAUGAAAGACUUAAACUAUUAACUGAUAAUAAUUAAUCGUCAAAGUUCAUCAAUAAUUCCCACGUCGAUGAUAUAAUUUUUAAUCCAAUUUGUGAACGAACGUAAUUUUCUGUCAGUUAACGAAAAUUAUUUAUUAAAUAAUCACUAAGCUCUCCUUGUAUAUGUUCAAAUAUAAGUUGUAUAAUUUAUAAUAAAAGAAUAAAUGCGUCCAUAAAUAUUUACCAAGUGUAUUUCUGAUAUCGUAAAAUUUUCUUUAGUCAUCCAUGUUAUUUAGAUUCGUUUGCUAUGAUAUUUUUUUUUCAAUAUUUCGACCCCAAAUUUUUUUAGCAUUAACUGUCUAAAUAAAACUCAGUCUUCAACAUGGGUAAAAUACUUAACUAAAGAAAAUGUUACACCUUAUGUCAUUUACAAGUGUUUUUUAGGUAUAUUUCUAGUCAAAAAAAUCGUCUUCAUUUGUCCAUAUACUGUAAGAGAUAUUUUCUUAACGAUAGGUCCAAAAAAAAGGAAGUUUGUAGUCGUGUUAAAUAGGCCAAUUUCAGUGUCAUUUUCCUGUAUUAUGUAGUUACCUAAAACCUAUUAUUAUGACGUAUACUUCCCACCUAUAACUAUGACGUAUACUUCCCACCUAUAACUAUGACGUAUACUUCC